UUUAAUUAAAAGCGUUAAAGUGAAAAUACUCCCUGUGAACAAACUGCCUUAUAGUGAGUAUUAAAAUAUACACUGCACUUCACUGUAGUAGCUGAGAGGAAGCUGUUACCUGUCAGUAAUAUAUUAUGUAGUACUGUAGUACGUGUGCAGUUCACUAUGACUAACAUCACGUCCACACAGGCAGUGAGGUAGUGUAACUGGUUUUACUGUUGUAAUGCAGCACAAAGUAUAGAAAUGCAGUAUAACGUUACUAUAAAUGUUUAUCUCAGCUCCAACGGCCCAGUCACCACUGGCCCCGCCCCACCCAUGGCACGCGCUGGCCACGCGUCUUGCCUGUGUUGUGAUUGGUUACACGCUGCCAACUUAUUUCAAUGAACCAAUCGGUGGGCUUUGUUUUCUGCAGCGUGCCAGAGCCACGUUUUGUGCACGUGCUGCUCGGUGAGACAGUAACGGUACACCGCCCCCCGCCCCCUUCCUCCGGUAUAAAGUCGGUCAGACUCUAGCGACGCCCGGACUAACGCUAGACAAUUUAUUGUUUUUACCGGGGAAUCAUUGAUUCGUGAGUUUUCACCGACGUCAUGGUUCUGUCCCCGGCCAACAAGCUCCGAGUGUUCCAGCUGUUCUUCUCCGACCCGGGUCGGUCCUUCUACAGCGGCGGGGACAAAGUGUCGGGCUCCGUGCAGCUGGAGGCGGCUCAGCCCUGCAGAGUGACGGGCCUCCGAGUCACCGCUGGCGGCUGCGCUCGCGUGGAGCACCGCGGGGCGAAGAGCCGCAGGAGCCGCAGCCAGGAGGUGGAGUAUCUGAAGUACGAGGAGGAGCUGCGGCUGGAGGAGCUGCUGUCCAGAGACUCUGAUGGCUUCUUCCUGUUGCAGCCGGGGAAGACCUACACCUGGAAGUUUGGCUUCGAGCUGCCGCAGCCGGGGCGGCUGGUGUCGUCUUUUAAGGGCAAGUUUGGUUGUGUGCGUUACUACGCCUGUGCCAUUCUGGACAGACCUUCCCAGCAUGCCUUGCGGUGUGAGCGUGAGUUUGAGGUGGAGGAGCCGCUGGAUGUGAACCGGCCGGACCUGCUGUCUCCAGCUUCAGCCUCCAAACAGAAGAAGGUCACCUGCAUGUUCAUUCCUGAUGGACAGGUGUCCAUCAGCGCUCACAUUGACAGGAAGGGCUUUUGCGAGGGUGAAGACAUCACCAUCAACGCCAAGUUUGAGAACACAUGUUCACGUAUCGUGGUGCCCAAGGCUGCCAUCAUUGCCAAACACUCAUACCUGGCCGAUGGACACACCAAGAUUUUGUGCCAGAAGCUGUCGGCGGUUCGAGGAAACCACAUCAUCUCUGGGAUGUGUGACAUGUGGCAGGGAAAGACUCUGAGGGUCCCUAAACUGAAGCCAUCACUGCUGGGCUGUGACAUCAUCCAGGUGGACUACGCCAUCAUGAUCUACCUGCACAUCCCUGGCAGUGAGAAACUGACCCUGGAGCUGCCCCUGGUCAUCGGGACCAUCCCGUUCAGUGGAGUCGGCAGCAGGACGAGCAGCAUGAGCAGCCAGGCUGGAUCCCUGAGCAGCUGCACCUCCUUCCCCUCCCCCCCUCCCAGCUACAGCAACAUCCACAGAGACCUGAGGGUGGACGGGCCCCGCACCCCGCUGCUCUACGACUACGAUGGUGAAGAGAAUGACGAUGAAGAGGGGGGGCUCUUCAUGAGAGCACCUGAAAUGCACUACCCCCCUCCCCCCGCAUACAGUGAGGUGGACCAGGACGCUGUGAACCCACCUCAGGUUGUUCAGGUCUUCUGAGGACCAGCUCCAGUUCUGUCCGGACCCAGUGGAACUAAUCUGAGCACGGAGGCUGAGCUUGGUCGGACCAGGACACAGCCAGUGUCUGAAGAAACCCUUUGAUCUGUGUUUAUUCUUUAGUCACUUGAUCUGAUUGCUUGUUUCCUACGUUGCACAUAUUCUGUAAAUAAGAUGUUUAUUUUUCUACAAUAAAUAAAACUGAUUCCA